AUGGCGUAUAGCGAAGAAACACACGUCGUCGUGGUUGGGAAGCCAGUGGAGGCCAUCACAGGAUGGAAGGCGGCACCGUCCCAACAGCCUCAGCAGUCGAGCAGCCCAGACCCGCAACAUGGACAAGCUUGCGAAGUGGCCAGCUACGGCUUGCUCCUGACGCUUCUGGUGCGGCCUUCACCGGAUCCGGUGGCCCUGUGGCCAGAUCCGGUGACCCCUGCCAUGGAUCCGGUGGCGCUGGCGCGACUUCCACUUCUUGCGGGGGCGACGACGGUGGCCAUAGAGAGACGGAGGCGCUGGUGGAUCUCUGGCAUUCGAGGCGAACGUGAGGUGGUGGCGCUAGUUGACAGAGCGUGCGGGUGCGGCUCCGGCGCCGAUGGGCGAGGCGGCCUGCAGUGGCUGGAUGGCCGACCGGGAGCAUGCAGCGACCGGAUUCGUGCCUCCCGGGCCGAGCCGGCGCCCCCACCCUGGAUUCAGCGCUAUCGGGCAAAGCGGCAUGGCCGGGCUACGAGGACCAGGCGAGGGUGGGCGGCUGUUGCUGCCGAGGUUUCCGAGGUACGGCAGCGCGAGACUCCUCCUGCUACGCCCGGCGUCCAGCUCGGCGACCGCGGUGGAUUUGGGAGCCAUGGCAGCUGGGCCCCACCACCUCUAGGUGAACCAGCGGCCGUCACUGGCCUGGCCGUGUCUGGCCGAGGGCCAUGGCUGUCGGGCUAUGGCUGGCCAACUCCUAGCGGAGCCAUGGCUGGCUGUAGUUCACGCACAGCCACUGGUGGUGGCCAAGUUAGGCAUGCUGUGUCGGCCAACCCAAACCUCAGCGACAUGGAUGUGCCCAUGCCAGUCAAGGGAGGAGCUGUCGCUCUACACCUCCUCAAAGUUACUACUGUGGUAGGGGCUAUCAAGGCUGUUGUUGCUGACACCGACAUGGGCAACUGCAUGCAGCCCCUAGGGGACAGCCAAAGAAUGCGGGGGCUCAGCAGUGGUGAGGGAACAGGAGGCGGGGAGCGACUGCCAGGAGCGCGAAAAUCUAAGACUAUGUUGUAG